AUGGGCCUCAUUCCAUCCCAUCCCCUCUCCUUGUACUGGGCAGCCCGGGGCCGGCCCUGCCUGUGGAGCGCAGGGCCGGGCUGUGUUCUCCGGCCUGUCCCGCAGCCCCUCAGCUCUGACCGCGCUCGCUCUUUGCCAGCUCCAGGCCGGCGCCGGACACCAGAGCAGGGCCGCACCCGGGGCCGCUUCCACAGAGCUCAUCAGAGGGUGCGGAAAUCCGUUCCCGUUCGGCGCAGAAAGGCCAGGACCUCACCACCCGAGCUGCUGGCACAGCCUGAGCCCAACCCGACCGAGCUCAAGGCCAAGGCUGACGCCCCAGGGACUGAGGGCAUUGCAGACGCUGACAGCACACCCGUUCAGCGCCUGCCCGAUGCUCCCAGUCUGCAUGUUCCUGAGGAGAGAGUUGUCUCUGCUCAAGUGCCAGCUCUGGUCAGGUCCAUCCACUCGUGGCUGACCUCCAAUGUGUCUGCUGGGCACGUGCUGGAUAAGACCCUUCUAGCACUGACCGAGGCACACCCCGUGGAUGUCGCCAUCACCCUCCUGCGCUGUGCCCCCUCGUGUGACAGAGCUGCUGCAACCAUGUGGAGGACCAUUGCCUCAUCGGGAAGGACACUGCAGAAGGUGCUGCCAACCCUGCUCGACGUGAUGGAGGACUGGCCGUGGUACUACACGGGCACCUCCGAUGGGGACAACACAGACGUCUUUGCCCUGGCUGCAACUCUGGCACUGUGGAUGAUUGUCCAGGAGCCCCAGUGCCCGGGGCCUUUGAUGGACUAUUCCCCUCAUCUCCUCGUGGAUCUGCUCUUCCAAGUCUUCGUCAGCACAGAGCAGACGUCAGAGGAGGUCGACACGUUCUGGAGGGGAUGCCAGGAGCAACACGACCUUCCCACCGACCCCAACAGGUUUGCAGUGCUGACCAUGAAGGCCCUGCUCUGCUGUCUCCACUGUGAGGAUGUGGUGAAGUCAGUGGAAGACAAUCGUGGCUGGGCCAGGCUCCUCAAUGCUCACAGCCGCCGCUACACGGCUCUGCUGGCCAGGUGAGACCUCCUUGUCCCCGCUGCCCCUGUCAUAUCUGCCUGUGCACGGGGCACCCCACACCGUGCCCGUGGGCGUGGGCCAGAGGGCCUUGUCACCCAGGGACGGCCAAGCAGAGUGGAAAAGGCUGGGAGAGGCGGGUGCACAGGAGGAGCCGCCUCCCAGAGUGCCCCGGUCCCCUCCUGGGACUGGGCUGGUGGGGAAAGACCAGGCCUCUGUGAGUCCCUCCCGGGAGAGGUUUGCCCGCCUGCCUCAGGUCGAUGCUACCUUUUUCCCCCUGCCAGGGAGAAGCGCCGCGUCUACAGCCCCUCGUGUUCCCGCAUCACACUCCACCUGCUGGAGCUGCUGAGCAGGGAGGAGCCAUGCUGGGACCUGCCUGCCAUGGCAUUCCUUGUGGAGGUCCUGGACUGCCUGGACACCAGAGAAUGCGGUGACAGGGUCCUGGAGAUGCUUUCAAGGAACUCGGGGAGCACCAACACAAAGCGGCGUCAACUGGCACUCCGAGUCCUCGUGGCAUUCAGCCAGGAUCCCGUGAUGGCCGAGAGCAUCUGGAGCCUGAAUGAAAGGCUCGUGCAGCUACUGGGGGAUGCAGACAGAGAUGUGGUUUGGAUGACCCUCUCUGUGUUCAAGAACAUGCUCUGGAGCAGUCUGUGGACACAGCGCCACAAGAGAGUCCGCAGCAAAGACCCCCUAAUAUCCACCCCCACCGGCCUGCAGUGGGCUGAGGCGCUCCAGCCACUCUUUGACCACGACGACAGCAGUGUGCGGGAGGGCUCCAUGGCCCUCUUCACUCGUGUGAUCAAACUGAUCGAGAGAGAGGGAAAGAGGCCCCUGAAGCCACUCGUGUGCCUGAGCCUGCUCCCGCUCUACUUCCACCGGCAUGAUGAGAAGGUGGUCGUGAAAAGGGCCUCUCGGAAAGCACUGCUGGAUGUGACCAGGUUCCUGAAGAGGAGGGAUCUUGGGCGCCUGGUGAACACAGAGGAGCCAUGGAGCUUUGGCAAGUGCCUGCUGAAAAAGGACCGGAGCCGAGUGGCCAAGUACAUGCACCAGGCCCUGCCGUACCUGCGGAGCCCACAGCAGCCCCUGCGAGAGGCAGCCAUCAAGUUCAUGGGGAUCGCCGGGGGGUACCUGAGGGGACAGCCCAAGGAGCUGCAGCUCAUCAUCGAUGCCCUUCAAGCCAUCCCAGACAACAGGAGCCCCGCUGUCUCAAACCUGGCGCUUCAAAUAAUUAACUUUGUUACAAAUCUACAGACAGCUCCCUACCCCAGGUUCCAGCAGUUCCGAGACCGGCUCUGCAGGGCGUGGAAUACCCGGCCUUCUCUGUGGGGCUGAGUCUGCCUGUGCUGCUGCAGCUGUGUGCAGAGUUGAUGCAGGCAGCUCUGUCUGUUGGGGCACCUGAGCCUGUGGGGAAGACACCUCUUCUCUGCAAGCCCUUCCUUUUACCCCAGCGUAGGAAUAUUAAAUAAAUAUUGUCAUA